AUGACACAGCGGGUUACAUGGCAUUCUCCAUUCUUCGCAACUGGCAUCAUCACUGCACGUGUGUAUGUUAUCAAGUCGCCUACAUUCCAUUUGUUUAUGGUACCUGGGGUUUUAAAAGAAGGAGAAACCGUUAACAUUACUUGCGUAGUGAAAAAUGGCAGGCCUGCUCCUAAAGUACAUAUAGACGUUUCUGGUACGGAAGUGACAUCUGCUGUCCAGACGGAUUAUUUCAAUUCUUCCACCUCUUUAAACACUAAUACUGUCUCCCUGACAACAUUCGAGCCAAUCUGGAACAGAGAAAACAUCACAUGUUGUCGUUACAGUGAAUGGUACAAGAUCACCAGAGAGUGUUCCCCGCCAAAACAGGUCAAUUUUUUGUAUGCGCCUGUUGAAUUCAACAUAUCUGGUUCAGUAUUGAAUAUUUCUGAAGAAGAACAGGCAUAUGUAAAGUGUUCAGUCAAAAGCUUACGCACCUUCAACCUUUCAUGGGUGGAACAUACUGAUGAUGGAAACAUGUAUCAAAAGCACUGUCUUAUGAAAACAGACUGCGUGAUAGUAAUUGAUGCGUAUCGUAUUUCACAAUGGCAUUUGAAUUGCCAGGCCAGCUCUUUACAGACAACCGAUAAGAAAACAUUGACAGUUAACAUUUAUGAGAAAGCUGAGCAACGUUUCAACAUCCAGGAUACCUCUGGUUAUUGGGGCAACUCGUUUAUCUGGAUCAUUAUAAGUUCUUUUUUAACUGCUGUCCUUAUUGGUGUAUUCAUCGCAUGUCUAGUUGCAAUAAAGAAACUGAAGACCGCUAAAGCACAAUCGGAAGCAAAUCAAGUGAGGCACAGAGGAAAUGUUGGUGGAACGAGGAACGAUGUAGAACUGGAAGAUCGUGUGUAUGAAAAUUCAAGCAGGAACGAUGUAGAACUGGAAGAUCGUGCGUAUGAAAAUUCAAGCAGGAACGAUGUAGAACUGGAAGAUCGUGCGUAUGAAAAAUUGAAUGAUACCAGGCAUGCAACUGGGCAAUCGGAAACAUUUUAUUCUCAAUUAUCUUCAUAGACUCGCCAAUAAGAAAUAGAAAGUAUUGAUCUAGUGAUAGCAAUAGACAGGUCAUGUGUCUUGAGAAAAAGUCAAAAUGUAAUUAAUAUCCCUAUCUCACAUGCAAUUUGGGGAAAAUGUCCAACAAAAUAUUGUCCUAGCUGUUGAAAUGGACAGAAAUAGUUAACUUUUUGAAGUAUAUUGACUUGACCAAAGAUUAACAUUUCUUAAUUAUGUGAAGAACGUCAGUCCAACAUGUAUUUUGAAGAUAGAAAUACCCUAUUUAUCUACAAAACAUUGUACAUACAAGAUUUGUGAAUAACCCUUUCUUGUAAUACAAUGAGCCUAUAUUAGAAAAACAAAAAUUGUAUUCAUUAUGUGGCUUUAAGUAGAUUAAAGUACACUGGAAAUUUCCAUAUUUUGAUCUCAAUUUUACAACACAAAUAGAAAAUUUUAAAUAUAAUAUUAUGUACUUGUAGAGAUGUAUAAGAAUGCAUGUACAAUUUUGAAAUCACAUUUGAAUCAGCAUGUAGGAAUAGAAAUGGAAAAUUAUUGUUCUAAAUAAAAACCAUCAACUGUGUUAUAUCACUUGACAAGCUUAAUUACGGCGAACAACUUACCCUUGUAUCAUACUGAGAGGGUUGAGGGUUGGGAGCUUCAAACAAUUGUAAUGAACACUGGAUAGAAAUGCUGUUCACACAAAUCCAUAGCGUAUUUUUACUUUCAGAAACUUUAAGGUAUUAGAUCCCUAAUAGUAAUGUUUACAAAAUGGCAUUUGCUUUGUAUAUUCUUAAAGAUGACCGUGUUUCGCACUUUUUUUCAAUUUUCAAACAACAUUUACCGUGCCGUUUUUAUAUAGUUUGUAUAACUUAUAGUUUCUCCUCAAGCUCAACUAGAGACGAAUUUGUGAUGGCCACUACUGAGAACGUUUGCAGAGAACUCAUCUUACCAUUAAUUUCAAUAAAAGAAACAUCAAACUAUUGGUAAACAAUUAUAAAACACAAAAUAAAUAUCAAUAUCAUUUUUUCUAGGGUGCCUUAAGUAAACGGAUUUAAUGAGACAGAAUUCUUACUUCAACUUUGAAAAGAUAAGGUCGAAUCCUGUGUUUCUAUUUGAAUUUUGCUUAUUUCAUUCAAAAAUAACUUUUGGGCAGACGUAAAACCUACCUAAAUUUCUUCCACGAUAUAUAAUCUAAAGAGCGAAAGCAAAAUAGAGAACUUUUACCGCAUGUAACUUAAUAUUUUAAAGAUGUGUAACUCUACUCCUUCUCUUUAAGUAGUAAAAUCACUUUGAACAGCAAUAUCAAAUUGAUUUUUGUACAAUAAAUGAAUCACAUGUCUUAAAAGAAGUAAACACUUACUAGAAAAAAAAAGAAAAUAAGGAAAAAUCAUUGGUUCCAGUAGGGCUUGAACCUACAC